AUGUUAUUCUUCAUUUUAAUCAAUUUGAUCUUUGCAUGUGAAUAUGAAUCAACGUAUGCAAAUAUCACUAAUAUCAACUCCCUCAUUCCAAUUAAUCACAUUAUCUAAUAAUUAACCCAAACUUAAACUUUAUAAGACACACUAGAAUUAACCAAUAUUACUAUUUAUACAUAGCAUAUCAAUCAUUCAUACACUAAUAUUGGAUAAAUUACUAUAUACCUUAAAUAAUCUAUCUCAUAUAAUUUCAUCAAUAACACAUUCCAGACAUUUGGAUAAGCAAUCCUCUAAGAUGUUUAAUUUCUUAUGAAAUUAUCAUUAAACACAUAAACCAAUACUUUUUAAUCUAAUUCCAUAUAGUACAAUUUACCAACAUAAUUCAAUUUUAUUGGCUUGUUCAAUUAUUACCAAUAUUAUUAAUCCUUAGUAACUCUAAUAACAGCUUAAAUACCUCCAUAACUUAAUCAACUAUUUAAUGCCUAUUAAUUUUAAUUUCAGCCUAUAUUUCCUGAUUAUACCUACACUUAUACUAAUAUAGAUGAUGAAUCAUUAAUUAUUGAAUUUAGUUAUCUAUCCAAUAAUAUUUUAUAUCAAAAUUAAGACAUUACUCUUACAGGAUAAUUAAUAAUUAAUAAUUACAAUAACAAUAUAUGUACCUAAACUUAAUUACCUAACAAUAGCAAUCAAUUUUAACAAUUAGAAAUAUUUUCAACAUCAAUUAUUUAAUCAAUUAUUUAAUAUGCUUAUGAUUAAAAUUAUUUUAAUAUUAAUUUGAGCAACAAUUGGAAAAGUGAUGAUUUUCAAUUCUUAAUUGGAUCAUUUUAAACUAUACUAUAUAAUUUAGAGAAGAUAAGUCCGAUUACUCCAGUUACUGGAUGGUGUAAUCUUACUUAAAUUCCUGUAUAUAAUCCAUUAAAUAUUACACUUACAUAUGAAUGUAAUUUUAUCUUCUCAGAAGAUCAAAUAAGAUUAUUAACUUUAAAUUAUGAAUUAGUUCUAAAUCUUAAUUUUUAAUAAGUGCUAUCUCAGAUUGAAAUUAUUUGUACAUCAUACACAUUUUAAUUUAAUGACUUAAUUAAAUCCUUUAAUGAGAAAUACCCACCUAAAUCACAAUUUUGGUCAUUAGCAGAUCUAUACUUAAAAACUAUCUUGAAUACUCAUGUUAAAGAUCAUCCUCUAUUUGGUAAUUAAAAUUUAAUAAUUUAUUAGGAUCUGGAUUUUAAACCAUUCCAAGAAUGACUCCCAAUAUCACAAUUAACAAUGAUUAUUUGAUGAUUUUUGAAAAUGAUUGA